CCCACUCUCCAAACAAGAUCCUCCCUAUCACGCCACUCUCUCUCCUCUUUCCUUCACGCACAGUGAAAGUCAAGGUAUUAAAUCCAACGCCCGCCCUGUCUCUUUCUGCAUCUUUGGGACUCUGUCUCUAAGUCUUUAGGAGGCAGCAAUGGCGUCACUCACCACCCCUCACCGUCUCCUCCUCCUCCAAAAACCCACCAAAGAUCUCAGCACUCUUACUUUCUCUGAGAGAUCUUCCUACUCUGUCAAUGGUUGUUCCUCUGCAAAAACCCAGAAACCCCUUUCCAUCACCUGCACCGCCAUUUCCCCAUCUUCUCUCUCUACCCCACUUGAGCUUUCCAAACCCCACGAGAAAGAAAGGGUCUUCAACUUCGCUGCAGGGCCUGCAACUCUUCCCCCCAAUGUUCUCAAGAAGGCCCAAUCUGAGCUCUAUAUAUGGGGAAACUCGGGCAUGAGUGUAAUGGAGAUGAGCCAUAGAGGUAAGGAUUUCCUCUCCAUUAUUCAAAAAGCGGAAUCAGAUCUUAGGGAGCUGUUGAAAAUACCAGAGAACUAUGAAGUUUUGUUCUUACAAGGUGGAGCAACUAGCCAAUUCUCUGCAAUCCCAUUGAAUCUCUGCAAACCUAGCGAUAAUGUCGAUUUUAUAGUUAAUGGUUCUUGGGGUGAUAAGGCUUACAAGGAAGCUCAAAAGUAUUGCAAAGCCAAUCUGAUCUGGUCCGGGAAAUCUGAGAAGUACACAAAGAUCCCAUCUUUUGAUGAAAUUGAACAAAACCUUGAUGCCAAAUACCUCCAUAUUUGUGCGAAUGAGACCAUUCAUGGCGUUGAGUACAAGAAUUACCCAGAACCCAAAGGCAAGGACACUGUGUUGGUGGCUGAUAUGUCCUCAAAUUUUUGCUCAAAACCAGUCGACAUUUCCAAAUUUGGGGUCAUUUACGCAGGGGCUCAGAAGAAUGUGGGUCCAUCUGGUGUAACCAUUGUUAUCAUAAGGAAGGAUCUUCUUGGAAAUGCACAGGAAAUCACGCCUGUUAUGCUUGAUUAUAAGAUCCAUGCUGAUAACAAAUCUCUCUAUAACACUCCCCCAUGUUAUGCAAUUUACAUUUGUGGAUUGGUUUUUGAAGAUCUUGUUGCUCAAGGUGGUUUGGAGGCCAUUGCGAAGAAGAAUUUGGAGAAAGCUUCGAUUCUCUACGAUGCUAUUGAUGAGAGUGGUGGAUUUUACAGGUGCCCCGUCGAGAAAUCAGUUCGCUCUCUUAUGAAUGUUCCCUUUACUCUGGAGAAAUCUGAGUUAGAAGGAGGCUUUAUUAAGCAGGCCGUUAGUCAGGGCAUGGUUUCACUCAAGGGUCAUCGAUCCGUGGGUGGGGUUCGAGCCUCGAUCUAUAAUGCGAUGCCUUUGGCUGGGGUAGAGAAAUUGGUUGCUUUUAUGAAGGAGUUCAAGGCAAAACAUGCUCUGAUUAUUUAAAUUACUUAGAGUCAGUCAGAUUUAAUUUUGCUUUUGUACUCUUCUUUUAUUCGGGUUUCUUUUUGUAGUAUUUUGAUUGAUGCAAAAUUGGGAAUGGGUUUUAUAGGUCUUAUUGGAUUUUGAUCUGUUGUAGUUUUACUUAGUAUUAGUAAAGAAGAAAAACAAGGAAAGUUGCGAUUCUA